GCAGCAGCUAGCUUAAUUAGAGGGAUAUUAAACUUGACCAAGGGAAAUACAGUUAAUGUUAGGUGUGUAGAUCGGUCGAAUUAAGUGAUAAAAAGUUAAAACUAAUUAACCGUCGAUGGCUAGCGGUGCAGUCCUCCUGGUGGUGUGCACGUUGUUGGCAUUGCAGGCAAUGGCGGCGGACGCCAACUCCAACGUCACCGACGACGGCGUGACGAUGCAGGUGUUCGAGGAGUGGAUGGCCAAGUUCGGCAAGGCGUACCCGUGCCACGGCGAGAAGGAGCACCGCUUCGCCGUCUUCCGCGAGAACGUCCACUUCAUCCGGAGCUACAAGCCGGAGGUGAGCUACGACACCGCCCUGCGCAUCAACCAGUUCGCCGACCUCACCAACGAGGAGUUCGUGGCGACGUACACCGGCGCCAAGCCGCCGCACCCGAAGCAGGCGGCCCGGUCCGUGGAUCCCAUCUGGAUGCCCAGCUGCAUCGACUGGAGGUUCAGGGGCGCCGUCACCGGCGUCAAGGAUCAGGGCGCCUGCAAAUCUUGCUGGGCGUUCGCGGCUGUGGCGGCGAUCGAGGGGCUGGCCCAGAUCAGGACGGGGCAGCUGACGCCGCUGUCGGAGCAGGAGCUGGUGGACUGCGACACCGACAGCAACGGGUGCGGCGGCGGGCACACGGACCGCGCGUUCGACCUCGUCGUCGCCAAGCGCGGCAUCACGGCGGAGAGCGAGUACCGGUACGAGGGGUUCCAGGGCAAGUGCCGCGUGGACGACUUGCUGUUCAACCACGCGGCGCGCAUCCGCGGGUACGGCGCCGUGCCGCCCAACGACGAGCGGCAGCUGGCGAUGGCCGUGGCGCGGCAGCCCGUGGCGGUGUACAUCGACGCGAGCGGGCCGGCGUUCCAGUUCUACGGCUCCGGCGUGUUCCCGGGCCCCUGCGGGACGGCGGAGUCGAACCACGCCGUGACGCUGGUGGGCUACUGCCAGGUCGAUGCGACGGGGAAGAAGUACUGGGUGGCCAAGAACUCGUGGGGCAAGACCUGGGGCCAGCAGGGGUACAUCCUGCUCGAGAAGGACGUCGCGAAUCCGCAUGGCACCUGCGGCCUCGCCGUCUCGCCACUCUACCCCACCGUCUAGCCGCUGAUCACCUCACCACGUACGGUCGCCGGCCGGCCGGCUCGCCGGCGUCCUUCCUCUUCGUAUCUCCUUUCGUUAAUUACAAGUACCGAAUUACGCGUGGAAUAAUGAAUAAGUAUCGAAUUACGAGGGA